GAAGAAGAAGAUGAGGACGAGAAACCGAGGAGGAGGGGGCGAAAGAAGAAAGCCAAGCCCCAGGACAGCGAUGAAGAUGACAAAGCAGACAACAGGAGCGAAAAAAGCCGGGAAGCCGGCGAGCAAGAAGGAGAAAGAGGAGCAGAACAAGGAGCCGAUGAAGACUCUCUGUCUGAGGGAGAGAUGGCAGCCUUGAAGGAGGAAGUGGAGGAGAAGAAGAAACUGAUCGCCACCCUAAGGAACAAACCCUGGCGAAUGAAGAGGAGACUCAAACAUCUUAAGGAGGCCCAUGAGUUUGUGGAAAAGUUUGAAGGAGCUCUGGGGAAAGGCAAAGGCAGAAAGCUCUACGCAUACAAAGUUAUGAUGACCAAGAAACUGAUUAAAUUUAAACGGGAUUUUGAGAACUUCAAAACAACCUGCAUACCCUGGGAGAGGAAGAUAAAGGAAGUGGAAAGUCACUUUGGCUCCUCUGUAGCCUCCUACUUCAUUUUUCUGAGAUGGAUGUAUGGCCUCAAUCUUGUCCUGUUUGGGUUCAUGUUUGGCCUCGUGGUGCUGCCAGAGGCUCUCAUGGGUCUUCCAUAUGGCUCCAUUCCCAGGAAAACGGUGCCCAGAGCAGAGCAGGAGAGGGCCAUGGACUUCUCUGUACUCUUUGACUUUGGUGGAUACUGCAAGUACUCUUUUUUGUUCUAUGGGUACUACAAUGACGAGCGAACCAUUGGACUGUUGCAGUUCAGACUCCCUCUGUCGUACCUGCUGGUGGGCGUUGGGAUCUUUGGAUACAGCCUGAUGGUCGUCAUUCGAACGAUGGCCCGUAACUCCAAUGAAGGAGGGGAUGGGGCAGAGGAGGGAGCGUUCACCUUCAGCUGGAAGAUGUUCACCAGCUGGGACUACCUGAUAGGAAACCCUGAGACGGCAGACAACAAGUUCGCCUCCAUCACCACCAGCUUCAAGGAAUCCAUUGUGGACGAACAAGAGAACCAGAAGGAUGAGAAUAUCCACCUUCGUCGCUUCCUAAGGGUCCUGGCCAACGUCCUCAUCUUGUGCAGCCUUGGGGGAAGUGGCUAUCUCAUUUACUUCGUGGUGAAACGUUCACAAGAUUUUGCUGAAAUGAACGAAGAUGACCUCUCCUGGUUUGAAAAGAAUGAGGCAGAAUUUGUGAUGUCUCUGCUGGGCCUGGUGUGCCCCCCUCUGUUUGAGACCAUUGCCGAGCUGGAGGAAUAUCACCCCCGCAUUGCCCUCAAGUGGCAGCUGGGACGCAUCUUUGCCCUUUUCCUGGGAAACCUCUACACCUUUCUCUUCGCUCUGUUUGACGAAGUUAAUGCAAAGCUGGAGCGAGAGAAGUCAAUUAAGAACGCCAGCAUUUGGGCUUUUAAUGAGUAUUAUGCCAACUACAGCUCCUUCUACAACACCACAGAUGUGCCGCCCCCUAAUGUUGACCCUGCUGACGCAAUCAGAGGACCGUGCUGGGAGACUGCAGUGGGAAUAGAAUUUGUGAAGCUGAUUGUUUCGGACAUCCAGGUGACCUACCUGACCAUUCUGAUUGGGGACUUCCUGCGUGCCGUCAUUGUCCGCUUCCUCAACUACUGCUGGUGCUGGGAUCUAGAAGCUGGAUUUCCCUCGUACGGUGAGUUCGACAUCAGUGGUAAUGUGCUUGGGCUCGUCUUCAACCAAGGCAUGAUAUGGAUGGGUGCGUUUUAUGCACCAGGUCUGGUGGGUUUAAAUGUGCUGCGUCUCCUGACCUCCAUGUACUACCAAUGCUGGGCAGUGAUGAGCUGCAAUGUGCCCCAUGAGAGGGUCUUCAAGGCCUCGCGCUCCAACAACUUCUACAUGGGUCUGCUGCUGCUCGUGCUCUUCCUCAGUCUGCUCCCUGUGGUCUACACAAUCAUGACCUUGUCCCCCUCCUUCGACUGUGGGCCCUUCAGUGGCAGGGACAAGAUGUAUGAUGUGGUCAUGGAGACUAUCGAGAAGGACCUACCGGCCUUCAUAGGAAACAUCUUUACCUAUGCUACCAACCCUGGACUCAUUAUGCCUGCUGUUCUCCUCAUGGUGCUUGCCAUCUACUACCUGAACGCCGUAUCAAAAGGAUACCAACAAGCCAACAUGGAUCUCAAAAGGAAGAUGCAGAUGGCUCGUGAUGAGGAGAAGAACCGUAGGAACAACAAGGACAGCACCAACCAAGUGAUGAAGGACUUAGAGGACCUGCUACCAAACAAGUCUCUGAUACCACCGCCCACUGAGGAGGAGUCACCACCUCCUGACAUCAUAAGUGAGAAGGGCGGCAAGUCUCCUAAAACGAAGCAAGGUGCAGCAGCCAAUGGGAAAGGGGUUAAUCUGCAAAGGGACGUGCCACUGGCCGCCCCGAACCCCAGAGGUGCGGUGACUCGUGGCCCAGGACCCAGAGGAGGGGCCCCUGGAAACGGCAGGGGUCCUUCUCCUGGGCCGGGGCGAGGCAGGGGUAGGGGCGGGCCUCCUCCGAGGCGAUAG